UUCUUGCCAAACAAUCUUAUUAAAUUAAAUUCGAAACCUAGCCAAAUUCAUCGUAUCGUUUUCUCGUACGGCCCUGCCCUCCCUGCCUAAGUCGCCCCAAAGUCCUGUGCUUCGAUCUUCAAGACGAUCAAUGUCUCACCAAGCUGAAUCAUCUGACUCGAAAUCAGGGAAGAAGGACUUCUCGACGGCGAUUUUGGAGCGUAAGAAGUCGCCGAAUCGACUGGUUGUAGAUGAGGCCGUCAACGACGACAACUCAGUGGUGUCGAUGCAUCCCGAAACCAUGGAAAAGCUGCAGCUUUUCCGAGGCGAUACAAUCCUCAUUAAGGGGAAGAAGAGAAAGGAUACAAUUUGCAUCGCUCUUGCUGACGACACAUGUGAGGAGCCCAAAAUCAGAAUGAAUAAAGUUGUGAGGUCAAAUUUGAGGGUUCGUCUUGGGGAUGUUGUAUCUGUGCAUCAGUGCCCUGAUGUUAAGUAUGGGAAACGUGUGCAUAUUCUACCCAUCGAUGAUACCGUGGAAGGGGUCACUGGCAAUCUGUUUGACGCUUACUUGAAACCUUACUUUUUGGAGGCUUAUCGCCCUGUUAGAAAGGGGGAUUUGUUUCUUGUCCGUGGAGGGAUGAGAAGUGUAGAGUUCAAGGUCAUUGAAACUGAUCCAGGGGAGUAUUGUGUGGUUGCUCCAGACACUGAAAUCUUCUGUGAAGGAGAGCCUGUGAAAAGGGAGGAUGAGGAGAGGUUGGAUGAAGUUGGUUAUGAUGAUGUGGGUGGCGUUAGGAAACAAAUGGCACAAAUUCGUGAGCUGGUAGAGCUUCCACUCAGGCAUCCUCAACUUUUUAAAUCAAUUGGUGUGAAACCUCCCAAAGGAAUUUUAUUGUAUGGACCCCCAGGUUCUGGGAAGACAUUAAUAGCGAGAGCUGUUGCCAAUGAAACUGGAGCUUUCUUCUUUUGUAUUAAUGGACCAGAGAUCAUGUCUAAAUUGGCGGGAGAGAGUGAGAGCAAUCUCAGGAAAGCAUUUGAAGAAGCUGAAAAGAAUGCACCGUCCAUCAUCUUUAUUGAUGAGCUUGAUUCUAUUGCGCCCAAGAGAGAGAAGACACAUGGUGAAGUUGAAAGGAGGAUUGUUUCACAACUUUUGACUCUCAUGGAUGGAUUAAAAUCUCGUUCUCAUGUCAUUGUUAUUGGUGCGACAAAUCGUCCAAACAGCAUUGAUCCGGCAUUGAGGAGGUUUGGUAGAUUUGAUAGGGAAAUUGAUAUUGGUGUUCCUGAUGAAGUUGGGCGGCUUGAAGUCCUUCGCAUUCAUACCAAAAAUAUGAAGCUCUCUGAUGAUGUUGAUUUGGAGAGAAUUGCAAAGGACACUCAUGGGUAUGUUGGUGCUGACCUUGCUGCUCUUUGCACUGAAGCUGCUCUGCAAUGCAUUAGGGAGAAGAUGGAUGUCAUUGACUUGGAAGAUGAGACCAUUGAUGCUGAAGUACUGAACUCUAUGGCUGUUACAAAUGAGCAUUUCCAAACUGCUCUUGGAACAAGCAAUCCAUCAGCUCUACGUGAAACUGUUGUUGAGGUGCCUAAUGUCAGUUGGGAUGACAUUGGAGGACUUGAGAAUGUCAAGCGCGAGCUGCAAGAGACUGUUCAAUAUCCAGUGGAGCACCCAGAAAAAUUUGAGAAAUUUGGUAUGUCACCAUCAAAAGGGGUCCUCUUUUAUGGUCCUCCAGGAUGUGGAAAGACUCUGUUGGCCAAGGCAAUUGCUAAUGAAUGUCAAGCAAACUUCAUCAGCGUGAAAGGUCCGGAAUUGCUUACAAUGUGGUUUGGUGAAAGUGAAGCCAAUGUUCGAGAAAUUUUUGACAAGGCUAGACAAUCUGCUCCAUGUGUCCUCUUCUUUGAUGAGCUUGACUCCAUUGCUACUCAGAGAGGAAGCAGUGUUGGGGAUGCUGGUGGUGCUGCUGAUAGAGUUCUUAAUCAACUACUGACUGAGAUGGAUGGCAUGUCUGCAAAGAAGACAGUGUUCAUUAUUGGGGCAACUAACAGACCUGAUAUCAUUGACCCAGCACUCCUUCGGCCAGGCCGCCUGGAUCAGUUAAUCUAUAUUCCUCUUCCUGAUGAGGAAUCCCGUCAUCAAAUCUUCAAGGCCUGUUUGAGGAAGUCACCUGUCUCAAAAGAUGUUGAUCUGAGAGCACUAGCUAAGUAUACUCAGGGUUUCAGCGGGGCUGAUAUUACAGAAAUUUGCCAGAGAGCAUGCAAAUAUGCUAUAAGAGAAAACAUAGAAAAGGAUAUAGAGCGAGAGAGGAAAAGAAGUGAGAACCCUGAGGCCAUGGACGAAGACGUUGACGAAGAAGUUGCAGAGAUUAAGGCUGCCCAUUUUGAAGAGUCCAUGAAGUUUGCCCGCAGGAGCGUUAGUGAUGCUGACAUUCGUAAAUAUCAAGCAUUUGCUCAAACCUUACAGCAAUCCAGAGGUUUUGGAAGUGAAUUUAGGUUUCCCGAGACUGAAACAAGGGCUGCUGGUUCUGACCCCUUUGCCGCUCCUGCUGGGGCGGCUGAUGAUGAUGAUUUGUAUAGUUAAGUUACAUACACUGCAUGUAUUUUCAGUUGCAUGUCCAGCUUGUGAGACGUAUCUCAAACCCUUAUUUUCAGAGGGCUAACUUAUUCAAGAUCUGUUACCUAUUUUGUCUUUAAUGUACUCAAAUCGUUUCAAACCA